UCCCCUUCUGCGAUACCGGGGCCAGUCCCGAGCCGAGCCCGGAGCCGUGCGGUUCUCGAGAACAACCGAUAAACUUAAGAUGGACUCGCCUCAGCUGUACGACAAUCCCGGCGAGAUGAAGAAGCCGGUCCAGCCGCAGCAAAAGCGUUACACCGAGCUUUCGGACUUGAACGCCCCCGAAAUCUCGCUCGACCUCCAGAAUCUGAUAGACGAUUCCCAGUUCAACGAGGGCAUCUUCAACGACAUUUUGACCGGUCCUAAGCCCCGUUAUCAGAACAGGACGACCCUAGCUUAUAUGCCUCAGCCUGUCCAUUUCGAGGCCGUGAAAGAAGAGCCGGAGGAGUUUAGGUACACAUACCAGUCGCCUCUCCUCAAGACCCAGCUGAGGAAAUCUGGCAAGUCGAUAGACAAGAACACCGACGAAUACAAGAGACGACGAGAGAGAAACAACAUCGCCGUGAGAAAGUCUCGGGAGAAGGCCAAGAUGCGCUCGCGUGAGACAGAGGAGAAGGUGAAGCUCCUCAUCAAAGAGAACGAGAGGCUCCAGAAAAGGAUCGAGCUCCUCACAGAAGAGCUGAACGUCCUGAGGAGCCUCUUCAGCAACGUCGGCGUCCUCCCGGAACACCUCCACCGGGAGCUGAACAAACACCUUGACACUUACAACCACCAAUAACACACCCUAAACCACCCCAGAAAAGAAGGAAGAAGAAGUGUACUGUGCAAGUUUCAAGUGCUUUUCUUUAUAUUUUAUAUCCUCACAACUGGAAAAGUUAAAGGUAAAAGUACUUACUCUAAUGGUUUGGAGCUCGGAUUUAUAUUAUUGGAUAAGGCUGUGAUCUUAAAUCUUUGGUUUUGGUUCUGUGCGGGCAUAGGAUACAAACGUACAACUGGGAUCCGUCAAUGCACCACCCUGUUGUUAUUUGAUUAUAGAUCUUCUCAAACUGU